UGAGCAGAUGAAUGAAAAACCCUCACCCUUACUCUCUUCCAUUUACAGAAACAAAAUCAGAUCAAGCAAUCAGAUUAAAAUGGAGAAUUACCUUGCUUCCACCUCCGGCUCCACCAACACCAUCAACCACCCAUCACCGCCGACAACCCCCGUUACGAUCUCCAAUCCAAACAAUCCGUACCCAACAAGCUUCGUCCAAGCCGACACAACAUCCUUCAAAAAGGUAGUUCAAAUGCUAACCGGAUCAUUUGAAACAGUCAAACAAUCCACAACCACCACCAGGCCAGACUUAGCUGUGAGAAACCUUAUCCCUGCCAUGAAAAUGGGUCCGAACAAAAAACCAUCGAAGUUGUACGAGCGGCAGAGCAGUCUGAAGAACUUUAAAAUCAAUCCGUUGGCUCCUGGAUUCACAAACGACAGAGGGUUCUCCGGAUCCCCAUGGAAUCCCAACGCGCCGGAGAUUAUGUCCCCAAGUCUUCUUGAUUUUCCGUCAUUGGUGCUUAGUCUAGUCACACCUCUUCUUUCCGAUCCGUUUAAUAGGUCUUCGGCGAAUGAUUGUUGCCCAAAUUUGGACGUUGAGGCUGAAGAAAAGGCGGUUGCAGAGAAAGGAUUUUACUUACAUCCGUCGCCGACGACUACUCGGAGGAGGGAGGAAUUGAGCUCAAGGGUCGCCGGUUUUGGAGGUUUUGGGGGAAGGUGUGGCGCUCUUGUGGCGGUAGGAUGGGCUAGCACCAGCUUUUACCUUCAUCCUCCACUUAGUCGACUCGUUCAAGUGAUGACAAUGAGAAGCAGCAACAGAAACGAGAGAACGAAAGGAGAGAACAUAAAAAACUGUCACCGAAAAAGGAACUGGAGGGGGUUAUCUGUGAUCGGCAUUAGUAAUAGCGACGACGGAAGGGUAUUAGCGGCAACAUUAGGGCAAUAA